AUGGCUGUGUGUCAGGAGCUCAGUUUUAACGUGGAUCAUGGCUAUCUGGAGGGUCUGGUUCGUGGAAUGAAGGCUGGGAUCCUGACCCAGGCCGACUGUCACAACCUGGCCCAAUGUGACACCCUUGAGGACCUAAAGCUACACUUUCAGAGCACAGACUACGGCAAACUGCUGAUCUUGUCUGAAGAUGAGCUGACGGUGUCUCUGGUGGACAGCAAGCUGAGAGAGAAUCUGGUAACUGAAUUCAGCUGCCAGCGCUCCAACGCUCUGCCGCCGCUCUCCACUUUCCUCGAUUACAUAACAUAUGCUACAACCCCUACUUUGCUUUAUUAUAGCUACAUGAUUGACAAUGUGGUGAUGCUGAUCAGCGGUGCCCUGAAACGCAGAGAUGUGACAGAGCUACUCCCACGGUGUCACCCGCUGGGUGCAUUUGAGCAAAUGGCAGCUGUGGGCAUCACUCGAACUCCGACUGAACUCUACACAGCCAUCCUUGUGGACACGCCGCUUGCUCAGUUUUUUCAGUAUGUCCUAUCUGAAACCAGCCUUGAUGAGAUGGAAGCCGAGAUUCUGAGGAACAAGCUGCAUAAGGUGACUGUCGACUCACACUGCUUCUGCAUACUGCUGGGCUGCCCUACAAAGGACACAGUAUGUCCUAUCCUGGAGUUUGACGCAGACAGGCAGGCCUUCAUCAUCACAGUAAACUCCUUUGGGACAGAUCUCAGCAGUGCAGAGAGGAGCAGGCUAUAUCCAUCUUGUGGCAAACUUUUCCCUGAAGGACUGCCACUCCUCACCCAAGCAGAGGACCAUGAGCAGGUCAAAGCUGUGGCCGACCGUUACCCGGACUAUAAAUUAAUAUUUGAUGACCCUGAGCCAGGAUCAGAAUUUAAGACUCUUGAGGACAGAUUCCUUGAACAAGAGGUGAAGUUGAAUGUGCUCGCCUUCCUGCAGCAGUUCAACUUUGGAGUAUUUUACUCCUACUUCAAGCUGAAGGAGCAGGAGAGCCACAACAUCGUCUGGAUAGCCGAGUGUGUCACACAGAGGCAGACGUCCAAGAUACACAACUACAUACUCAUCUUACAGGGAACAAAUUAA